AUGCUGAAAACGCUGAAUCAGGACCUAUAUCUAGACGACAAUCCGUUCAUGCAUCUGACCAAACAAGACUUGCCUUUACCAGAAGACAAGAGCGUCGAUUAUGGGGGAAAGACAGCUGUGGUCUCCGGCUUCGGAUACACUUGGAUAAAGCUGAUUUUUGGCCUGAGAGAAAAAGCUGGAUCUGAUUACAAAUUGAAGUACGCAAGUGUCAACAUCAUCGAUAACGGUACUUGUGCCAAGACCAAUUACCCGGAUAAGCUCGAUGGGAGUAAACAGAUUUGUGGUCAAUUUAUACAACGCAGUUUGGAAACCCCUGAAGGAAUCUGUGGAGGUGACAGCGGUAGUCCACUAGUCAACGAAAAUACCGUCGUUGGAGUCGUGAACACUGGUCCCGUAGCUUGUGCUGCCAACGUUUUUAUUGGUGUAAAAAAGAGUUGA